UCCAAAAGGUUUUCCGCCGACCUUCGCCGCUACUAAUAUAUAACAGUAGGUAAAUAGGUUCGGGUGUGUUUACGUUAAUCGAUUUUCAUCGUCUCAGAAAAUGGUGUGGAAAAUCUACAUAUUACAGAGGGCAUGAUUGCCGUGGACGCCAAGUGUGUGAAGGGAAGGUCCGGCAGUCUGAUUGAUUUGCACCCUUCAGAAGUUAUACCAUGGCCAGUGACAAUUCAGGAUAUCGGCUCAUUCUACCAGUGCCAAUGUACCAUAAUGACUUCAAUAUUUGGUCGGUGUUAAAGAAUUGCAUUGGAAAGGAACUUAGUAAAAUUACGAUGCCUGUGGUUUUCAACGAGCCUUUAAGUUUUUUACAACGCAUGACCGAAUAUAUGGAAUACGCUCAUCUACUUCGGAUAGCGACAGAACAAAGUGACCCAAUUACACGUUUACAAUAUGUUACUGGGUUUGCUGUGAGUGCACUAGCUUCAAAUUGGGAACGAUUAGGGAAACCGUUCAAUCCACUAUUGGGCGAAACGUUCGAACUUGAACGAGAAGAAUUUAGGAUUAUAUGCGAGCAGGUCAGUCAUCAUCCUCCCAUUUCUGCGUUUCACGCUGAAGCGAGAAACAAAGAGUGGACUUUUCAUGGAUCAAUACAUCCGAAACUUAAAUUUUGGGGGAAAAGUGUUGAGAUUCAACCAAAAGGUGUGGUGACCGUAUAUUUUUCAAAGUGGAACGAAGCCUACUCUUGGACAAAUGUCCAAUGCUGUGUUCACAAUAUAAUCGCCGGCAAGCUUUGGAUGGAACAAUAUGGAAAUAUGGAAAUAAUAAAUCAUUCGACUGGUUACAGAUCGAAUUUAACAUUUAAACAGGCAGGUUCAAAUUCGAAAGAUCUUCAUAGGAUUGAAGGCUACUUACUGGAUAAGUCGAAACGCAAACUGUUCUAUUUGUAUGGAAAGUGGACGGAAUUUUUAAAAUGUGUUGCACACCAUACCUACGAAGAAUAUCAAAAAGAAAACUCUGUUAAAUGUAAACGUGAUCGCGAUGGUGAAACACGAAGUAAGAGUCCAAACGAUUCGCCAUCCCACACUCCGAGAAAGGUUUUGCAAAAACUUAACAGUUUAAAAGUGAGCGCGUUUAAAUCAAGUACUACACAGGAAAGCAUGGAUGAGUCCCUUUCUCCUGAUAUGUGCGAAGGAGAUAUUCCCAAAAGUGAUUCUACAUAUUCUAUAAACAUUCCAAAUUCAUUUACAAUUUGGACAGUAAACCCACGGCCUCCAAAUUGUGAAGAUUACUAUCAAUUUACAUCAUUUGCCAUGUCCUUAAAUGAAAUUAAUCAAGGAAUGCAAAAAACGCUGUGUCCUACCGACUCUCGUCUUCGGCCUGAUAUAAAGAAAUUGGAGCAGGGGGAUAUUGAUGGCGCCGCCAUAGAAAAGACACGGUUGGAAGAAAAACAAAGAGACGCAUGUAAACAACGAAAAUGCAAAAAAGGUGAUUGGAGUCCGCGGUGGUUCAAAUUUGAAAUGAAUCCGUAUACAAAACAAGAAGAUUGGCUGUGCAAUGGUGAAUAUUGGAACCGACAAUACAUAGAAGAAGAUGAUAUAUUUUGAAAGUAGGUCGUAUAGAUUUUAUGUAGCAAAACAGAAUAAUCGUCAUGUUUAAACUGUUAAUAUUGAGCAGCAAAACUGUUACUUUUUAUUAGUUAGCAUUUAGCCAAAGUAGCACGGAGUGGAUUUACCUAACAGUAUUUUGUGAAACAUUGGUAUUACAAACGAUGGACCUAUGCAUUCUUUAUCAUCACUAUUUAUUGUAGCUUUGUAGUAGUAUCAAAGGGUAUAUGACCCACAGUACUGUUUGGUAGUAUUUAUUUUUUUAAGGCGCUAUUAGACAUAAGACAGGUAAGUUGUACAUACUAUUAAAAAUAGGCAUCUGUAUAUGUGUAUCUAAUUAGUAUGGAACUGUACAUUAGGCAUGAUGCUCGCUAUA